GACCGGGCCAUAGUUGGCGGGUAAAGACUAAAGUAGAACCACAUAGGAGAACGAAAAGUCUCAGUUUCAUCGUCCUUGUUCAUGGUCUUCCUCGUUUUUCUUCCAGACACCUUCCGUUGCAUCAACCCCUAUUGAGGUUUUUGUUGUUCUUGUUCCUUAUGUUCUUCGGUUUGUAUAAUACCAAACAAUUUGGUUGUCUCAGUCACUUCCUUCUUCUUGUUCUUGAAUAUUGAUCAGAUCAUAAGAUUCGAAAUGGGCAAGCAUUUGAAAAACGAGAGUUCAAGUCCAAACCAUGGCAAAUACAAUCACAAACUAGGAUGGUUAGCUGGAAUGCUUCAUGUGCUUGACUUCCACCAUUGGAGAACUAAGAACCGACCAAUCUGUUGGAAGACCCCAAGAACCCAUUCCUUGAUGCGUGAAACUGAGGAACAAGAACCGUUUCUUGAUUCUAAGAUUAAUGAUUCAAAGAUGCUUAGUGUUGUUGCAGAUAAUAAGCCAACGAGACCAGAAACAAAACUGAAGAAGACGAUGACAACAAAGCAAGUAACCGAGUACGUGGAUUUUCUUGAAAUCUUGAGGAAGGAAGAUGUUUUUGUCAAGAUAAUGAAAGAUCAAGUCCAGAUCAAGUCUAAUCCAAGGGUUUUACCCAAGUCAGGCUCGUUUCCUAUCUCAGGAUCUUCACGUCCUGCUAGGAUUCAACACAAGCAGAAGGAGAAUUGGUAUGCCCCAAAGCAGAACGGUGCCGUUUUGACUUUGAAGGUUCCAAGAGACACUUCUCAAGAGUGCAAACCAAUCUCUCCUUCUCAUGGCUCAGCUGAUGAUGAUCAUGGAUUCAAUCACGCUAUCAUAAACGGAUUUAGAGAAAUCAAGAAGUUGCUCAAAAAUACACUCAAAGACCGAAAUCGCACAAAGAAGAAGAAGAAGAAGAAGGUUUUGGAUGUUGCGAAAGAUGAUUAUGUGGGGAGAUAUUCUCAACUCUUGAAGCAGAUUUCUAGAAGAGAAGGUGGUGACUUGCGUUCGAAGAGCUUAAAACUUUCAUAUGAAGAGAAAAAGAGCGAUUCGAGAGAUAAUAAACCGCAAUUCUUCAGACGGAUUUCGUCCUUGUCCAGCCUUGAAGUUCUUGGUUCAUUUCUGACCGACCUCCCUCGAGACAGUUCUACUUCCAAUCAGGAAACUAGGAUAUCUGAAGACCAAGAUACUAACUUUGGAGCCAAAAAAUCUGUAUUGUCAUCCGAAUCUCCGGUAAGAGCAGAGAAGGAAGAGAAGUAUGAGGUGCAAGAGGAGAGAAGCCAAGAAAAUCACCUAGACAGCUCAAACCAAAGAAUCCUGCAACAAGAACCAGAUUCAGUUCCUAGUACCAAUAAAACCGCAGAAAAGACAGAGACUUUACUACCACAAGGUAAGCUCUUGAACAAAUUAAGCUCUUCACUGUUUGAUGAGAGAAAGGUACUCAAUUCUAUGGUUGCUUGUUCUACAGGUUUAGGUCUAAGUUCUUUAGAAAUUUACAAACAUGAAGAAGAAGAUGAAGAUGCCUACUUCUGUUACGUAAAGAAGGUUUUAAAAGUUUCAGGCUUCCUCGAAAACAAAGACAACGAAGAAAAGUGGUACUCAGAGGAACAACCACUGAAUCCAUCACUGCUUUACGAACUCGAUAUACAAGAAGAAGAAACAGUGAACGACAAAGAGCUUCUAUUCGAUUUGGUUAACGAGGCAAUCGUCGAGACUCAAAACCAUUCACAAAUAUACUUCCCCAAAACAUUUCCAUAUGGCAAACGUUAUCUUGAUGAGGUAUGGGGAAGAGUGGAGUGGAGCCUCUCUGGUUUAGGAGCUGAGAACAGAGAUCGUUCAUUGGAUGAUAUUGUGGGAAGAGAUCUUCUUACAAAGAGUGAUGGAUGGAUGAAUCUCCAAGGUGAAUCUGAAUGGCUUACUCUUGAGCUUGAAGAUUUGAUUUUUGAUGAUGUUUUAGAUGAACUGCUUUGUGUUUAUUAGUAAGUUAACAAAUAGAAAACCUGUUUUUUUCUGAUAUACAUGUAUAUAAAUAUGUGUUUGAUACAAAUUUAAGAUUUCUUGUAAAAUAAUGUACCUUAACAGUCCCAAUUUUUUUGAUGAAAUACACUAAUUAAUCAGAGUUAAUUGUUAUUUAACUAAAUAGAGA